GGCAGCAUGUCCUUCACCGGCAAGUAUGAGAUGGAGAGCGAGAACAACUAUGACGAGUUCAUGAAGCGCCUGGGGCUCCCCAGCGACAGGAUUGAAAAGGGUCGCAACCUCAAGACUAUCUCAGAGGUGCAGCAGGACGGGCAGAACUUCACCUGGUCCCAGAACUACCCCGGGGGCCCCUCCAUUACCAACAAUUUCACCAUCGGCAAAGAGUGCGACAUGGAGACCGUGAUGGGCAAGAAGUUCAAGGCCACUGUGCAGAUGGAGGGUGGGAAGGUGGUGGUGAACUUCCCCCACUACAACUACACUGCGGAGAUUGUGGAUGGCAAGCUGGUGGAGAUCUCCACCGUUGCAGGUGUGUCCUACGAGCGCGUGAGCAAGAGGCUGGCCUGA